AUGCCUUCCACGGCGCCUGAGUUGGCAGUGUGCUUGACGGAUGAUCACUGGCGGAGACGCAAGGAUGCCUUGGAGCAGUUCAUGUGCCUCGAUGAGGACGCGGGGAAACUGGUCUUCAACCGCCUGCGUGCCACACUGAGCGAUGGCAACUUGCGGGUGCGACGUGCAGGUGCGCAGACCCUCGCAGGGAUGUGUUUGCCAGAGGUCUGGGGGAAGAAGCCCGCCAGCUUCGCGGCGCAGGCGGUUUCGGAGCUGACGUUCCACCUGGCGGACGCGGAUCCCCUGGUGCGCAAGGUUGCGCAGGAACCCCUCGAUGCCUUGCAGAAGAAGGCGAUCGUGGGUGAUGUGGUGGUGGCCGGCCAAGCAGCCUUGCCGUCUUUGAAGGCCCGCUUGCACGAUGAGGACUGGCAGGUCCGGGAUGCCACCGUGCGUGCACUGGGCCGGUUGAGUGUGGGCGGCUUGAGCUGCGCGAAGGAUAUCGCGCGCAUGCUGAUGGACGACAGCGCGGUGUGCCGGGAUUCCGCCAAGAAGACCCUGGAACGGAUGCUAGGAGCUGGUCUAGCGGCGGCCGACCUGCAGGUGGUGGUACCCCAAAAUGUGGAGCUCUUUGUCACACGCUUGAAGCACGAGGACCCGAAGGUCCGAUGCGCCGCCUGCUGGGUCCUGGGCCAUGCGGCUCCUGCAGUGCUGAAUCUGCACGGGAUGGCGGAGGUGCUGGUGAAGGAGUCCAACCACACGAUGUUGGCUGUGGCCUCGGAGUGCAUCAACGUGCUGAAGCUGGGUGCCUUGCCGGCGGCGCCGGAGAUCGCCUUGGGCUUGAAGGGCUUCAUGUCGGAGGAAGGCCACGAACGGCUCCGCGCGGUGAGGAGCCCUGCGGGGAUUUCGCUGAUGCAGCUGCACCAGGAGGUGGUGGCGGUGAUCGGGCGGGCCAUCACUCGUGAUCCGCGGAUCAAAGAUGCCAUCCAGCAGACGCAGCACUUCGCAUCCAGGCUGGGCCGAGACACCAACCUGCAGCGCGAAGAGGGGGUGUCAGCCUUGAUGCGGCCGGCGCCCUCCCAUGUCGCAGCGAUUACGGAGUUGCUCCGAGUGAUUUUGGAUCCAGAGAGCCCCGGAGCGCACACUGUGCGGCACCGCGCUGUUCUUCGCGGCGGUGCUACUCUCCGCGCCAGGGACGCAGGACUCCUUGGUGGCUUUGACCAGUCGAAGGUGGACAUUGUCCACGAACUCCUCGACGCCUUAGAGGCCAUGGCUGAAGCGAAUGAAGCUCCAAGUGCUCCGCCAGCCGUGCCCGAUGCGAAGCCACAGAAGAAACGCUCCCCGAACCGAUUAGUGGUGGAAGAAGCCAUGAACGAUGACAACUCCGUGAUCUCGCUCUCCCAGGCGAAGAUGGAGGAGCUGAAUCUCUUUCGCGGAGACAAUGUUCUCAUCAAGGGAAAGAAGCGCAAGGACACGGUUUGCAUUGUCCUGGCCGACGAGAACUUGGAUGACAGCAAGAUCCGCAUGAACAAAGUGGUGCGAAAGAACCUGCGCGUGCGCCUGGGCGACAUCGUGUCCGUGCACGCCUGUGGGGACGUGCCCUACGGGAAGCGCAUCCACGUGCUGCCGCUGGACGACACCAUCGAGGGCAUCACCGGGAACCUCUUCGACACCUACCUGAAGCCCUACUACCUGGAAGCCUACCGCCCGGCACGCCAGGGAGAUUUGUUCCUGGUGCGCGGCGGGUUUCGGCCAGUGGAGUUCAAGGUGGUGGGCGUGGACCCCGGGGAGUUCGUGAUCGUGGCGCCGGACACGGUGAUCCACUGCGAGGGCGAACCGGUGAAGCGCGAGGAUGAGGAGCGCCUGGACGACGUGGGCUACGACGACAUCGGCGGAUGCAAGAAGGCCAUGGGACAGAUCCGCGAGAUGAUCGAGCUGCCCUUGCGGCAUCCCACCUUGUUCAAGACUUUGGGCGUGAAGCCACCACGUGGCGUGUUGCUCUAUGGACCACCAGGCAGUGGCAAGACGUUGAUCGCACGGGCCAUUGCGAACGAGACAGGCGCCUUCUUCUUCCUGAUCAACGGUCCAGAGAUCAUGUCGAAGAUGGCGGGCGAGGCCGAGAGCAACCUGCGGAAGGCCUUCGAGGAAGCGGAGAAGAACUCCCCGGCCAUCAUCUUCAUCGAUGAGAUCGACUCGAUUGCGCCGAAGCGCGACAAGACCAGCGGAGAAGUGGAGAAGCGCGUGGUGUCGCAGCUCUUGACCUUGAUGGAUGGUAUCAAGGGCCGUGGCCAGGUGGUGGUCAUCGCGGCCACGAACCGCCCGAACACCAUUGAUGCAGCGCUGCGCCGCUUCGGGCGCUUUGACCGAGAGCUGGACAUUGGCGUGCCGGACGACAACGGCAGGUUGGAGAUUUUGCGCAUCCACUGCAAGAACAUGAAGUUGGCCACUGAUGUUAAGCUCGAGGAGGUGGCCUCCAACACGCACGGCUUCGUGGGUGCGGAUCUGGCGCAGCUCUGCACCGAGGCGGCCUUGACCUGCAUCCGUGAGAAGAUGGACUUGAUCGACUUGGAGGAAGAGACCAUCGAUGCCGAGAUCCUGGAUUCCAUGGCCGUUUCCCAGGAGCAUUUCAAGUCGGCCAUGGGCACGGUGAACCCGUCCUCCCUGCGCGAGACCGUGGUGGAGGUGCCGAACAUCAAGUGGGACGACAUCGGAGGUUUGGAGGACACGAAGCGAUCUCUGCAGGAGACGAUCCUGUAUCCCAUCGAUCACCCUGAGAAGUUUGAGAAGUUCGGCAUGCAGCCAUCGAGAGGUGUGCUUUUCUAUGGUCCUCCAGGAUGUGGUAAGACGCUCUUGGCCAAAGCUGUGGCCUCCGAAUGUUCUGCCAACUUCGUUAGCAUCAAGGGCCCUGAGCUGUUGACAAUGUGGUUUGGAGAGUCUGAGGCCAAUGUUCGAGAGGUGUUUGACAAGGCAAGGGCCGCAGCACCUUGUGUGCUCUUCUUCGAUGAGUUGGAUUCCGUAGGUGUGGCACGCGGCUCUUCUCAAGGAGAUGCUGGAGGUGCAGGUGAUCGUGUCAUGAAUCAGCUCUUGACGGAGAUCGAUGGCGUAGGUGCUAAGAAGAACGUUUUCUUCAUUGGUGCGACCAAUCGUCCUGAACUCUUGGAUGAAGCACUGCUUCGUCCUGGGCGUUUGGAUCAGCUCAUUUACAUUCCCUUGCCCGAUUUGCCAGCUAGACAAGGCAUUUUGGAGGCAACCUUGAAAAAGUCACCGGUGGCGCCCAACGUGCCUUUGCCCUUCAUUGCGCAGAAGACCGAGGGAUUUAGUGGAGCUGACUUGGCAGAGCUGUGUCAGCGAGCGGCCAAAGCCGCAGUGCGCGAUGCCAUUGCAGCAGAUGAGCUGCGAGCAGGUGACGACGAUGCCAUGGACACCACCAUGGGAUCCGAGAUCGGGCGCAAACACUUUGAGGAGGCGUUUGCGGGCGCGAGACGCUCAGUGGCCGCAUCGGAUCUUGCCAAGUAUGACCAGUUCCGCAAGAAGUUCGACCCAAUCUACAUGAACUCCAGUGCAGGUGGUGGCGGUGGAGUAAUGAUCAACUGGCCGGACGAUGUGGGCAUCGGGGGCGCGGCGGCCGCUGCGGAUGAUGACGACGACCCCUCGUGGACUGUGCGCUUGGCCUCGGCCGAAGCGCUGGCGACUUUGAGCUGUCAGAUCCGACCCUUCCUCCAAUGCCUUCGAAAACAUCGGAAGUCUGAGAAUGAAGAGCUGAAGGCAGAGCUGGAUUGUCAUGCGAGUUGGACCUAG